UAUGGUUUUUCGCAAAUUUCGUAUUAAAAAGUACAGAAUAUUCCGCCACAAACCACACACAAUGGAUAGAAACUUUGUGAACGUUAUGCUCCUGGGCUUAGCAUUUAUGCUUAUAUUUACCGCCUUUCAAACCGGUGGUAUGAUCCAGCAAACAGUUGUAAACAGUAUUCACUCUCGAGAACCCAGUUAUACGGCCAACGGUUACACGAGUUUAUGUAUAAUUUAUGCGGUAAUGGCUGUCGCCAAUUGGAUCGCUCCGUCCGUUGUGGUCAUUACGGGUCCGAAGUUGGCGAUGGUUUUUGGCGGCGCAACCUAUUGUCUAUUUAUCGCAAACUUUCUAUUCCCGAAAGUAUGGGUCCUUUACUUCUUGUCAUUUGUUAUAGGAGUCGGAGCGGCGGGU